AUGGUGGCUGAUGCGCAGAGCUCAGAUUCAAUGGCUGGCAGGUCAAGUUAUGCUGCCGAAAAGCACGUUGACAGGUGUCUUGACAAAAGAGCCCAGGAAAAGGCUCCAAAGAAAAAUCAUAAAGCUGAACGAGAGAAACUUAAACGUGACCAGUUGAAUGACCUUUUUGUUGAGCUCAGCAGUAUGCUAGAUCAUGAUCGACAAAAUAGGGGAAAAGCUACAGUAUUGGGUGAUGCUGCACGAGUACUGCGAGAUUUAACUACUCAAGUUGAAUCUCUUAGAAAGGAGCAAUCUACUCUUCUAACUGAGCGCCAAUAUGUCGGUUCAGAGAAGACCGAGCUGCAAGAUGAGAAUACUACACUCAGAGCCCAGGUAAUAGAACUACAGAACGAGCUUUGUGCAAGGAUCGGAAACAGUAGCCUGAAUCUAAGCAGCCUUGUGGUGUCACAUCCAAUAGGGAGCAGCUGCACUACUAAUUUAGCAACCCACCCAACGCCGCAUGAUACAUGGAGCAAUGUUUCUAAUUUAAGCACCAUGAGCAUGGUGGCCCCAACCAACACACCAUCUCCACUGCAGAAUCAGCAGCAUCACUCUGUUGCUUCUGGUCAGGUUGCAUUACGGCCUCAGGAGCUCCAGCUCUUCCCGGGGACAUCAGCAUCAUCGGACCGAGAAUGUUCCCGGCAUAGAAGCAACCCAGCUACUUCGAGCCUUGCGGAUUCCUUGCCUGGACAGCUUCGCCUCAGCCUUCCACCAACAUCCCAAGAAGAAAGCAGCGGGGGCGGUGGCGCACCGGGAAAUAGAAAAGAACGAAAAACCAGUUAG